GUUGUUAUUGACAGGUAUUUAUUUGCCCUGAGCCACUGAGGUUUUUUUUGCAUGAUUGACGGCCAAAGAUUUCUUAAUAUCAUCUAUUUGUUUGCUUUGAACGCGACGAGUAAUGAAUACUAAGUGAAAUUACUUACAGCGGAAAAUAAAAGUGUGGAAUUUCCAAUUUAUAACUCAAACGACAUAAGUGGAAUUUGUGUUUUACAUGUUAGUGAAUUUUUACCAUUGCAAAUUGUAAUAAUUUCAUUUACGUGUAAUCUGAAGAUAUUUAUUCUGUAUAUGGUUUCAUAUAUUUAAUUAAAUCGGCGAAAAUGUCUAAAUAUUCAGGGAAAAAAUGUCGUUUGCUUUCGAUGAUGUGGCUGACUGCGUUUUUCUUUUUUGUGGAAAUAGUAGUGGGCUAUGUAACAAAUUCAAUGGCCUUGGUAGCAGACAGUUUUCAUAUGUUGGGAGACAUAGCUGCCCUUGUGAUAUCAUUUCUAUCGGUAAAAAUGUCCCCAAAAAAAUGGUCUAAAAACACAUUUGGUUGGGCGAGAGCAGAAGUGUUGGGAGCCCUAGUUAAUGCAGUCUUUUUAGUUGCUUUGUGCUUCAGCAUUACCAUAGAAGCUUGUAAAAGGUUCAUAGAAGAAGAGGAAAUUCAUGAACCCAAACUUUUAGUGAUAGUAGGCUGUCUAGGUUUGUUGGUAAAUGUGAUAGGAUUGUGUUUACUUUACGAACACGGUGGUCAUCAUGGUCAUUCCCACGGGGGAGGCCUUACUCGGAAUCAUAGUAGACUUACAGAACUGGCUAAUAUUGAUGAUGGUGAGGGUGAAGCUGAAUUUGCAUAUGAAAAAGAGAAAAAACCAGCGAAGAAAAUGAAUCAUGGACAUAGUCAUGAUGCAGGCCAUAUGAACAUGAGGGGUGCAUUUUUACAUGUGUUAAGUGACGCCUUGGGUAGCAUUAUUGUAGUGAUAAGCGCUUUGGUGGUAUGGUUGACAGACUGGAAAUAUCGGUUUUAUAUGGAUCCUGCUCUUUCAAUCGUUUUGGUUUGCUUAAUUUUACAUUCCGUGUGGCCCCUUCUGCGUGAAUCUGCAUUAAUAUUGCUGCAAACUGUUCCAACUCAUAUUCAAGUCGAUGCCAUUCAAAAGCGUCUUUUAGAGAAGGUUGACGGAGUACUGGCCGUUCAUGAAUUUCAUGUUUGGCAAUUGGCUGGAGAUCGCAUAAUUGCCUCAGCGCACAUAAGAUGUCGGAACCUUUCGGAAUACAUGAAAAUUGCUGAAAAGGUUAAAGAAUUUUUUCAUAAUGAAGGCAUACAUUCUACUACAAUCCAACCUGAAUUUGUUGAAAUCGAAGGUUGUAACAUGUCGGACGGCACAUCUAGUCUAAAUAUGAGUGGAUCUGAUUGCGCUCUAGAUUGUCCAAGUACAGCAGAAGGAUGUGUUAAAGCAACUUGUUGUCAAAAUAAUAGUAAAUUGAAUCAGGUGCCCUCGCCUACAAAUUCCCCAUACGCAUGUCGUCAAAGGAACUCGUCCAAAAAUCCAAAUGAUGUAGAAGCAGGUUCCUCACUUUUGGAAUGUUUAGCUGGUGCAUCGAAUUCUGUCAAUAAUGGCAAUUCAGAGCCUGGUCGUACUAUGAAUGGAGACGUAGUGUGACACCUUUACCUCUCAUAUAUGUGACAAAAAUAACGAAAUGAAAGAAAUUCACAAACGCACAGAAAAAAUUGUAUUAUCCAUUUAAUUACAUUUCACUAGAGGUCUAAGUAUUGGUCGAAAAUCUGAGUAUAACAAUAUCGAACCAAAGAUUGGUAACAAAUUCAGAAUCGCAUUGAUUCAAGAAUUAUAAUGUUAUAAAACAUUCAUAAUAUAUUUAUCAAUAAGAGCAUCAAGUUAGCAUGAUUAUCGUUCGAUAGGCAGAAAUAUGAUAGGAGAAGUUAGUAGGAUAUCCAUCUAAAUUUAGUAGUAAAAUUAUAAAUUGUUUUCAAGUACUUUAUCAACUAAGUAUUCGUUAUAUAAGAAUAUAAAAACAUAAUAAAAUAAAAAUGGAAAGCAUUGCUUUUUUGUCUAUAAUUUGUCUAAAUUGAAGCAAUGCAGAUCUUUUUAUUUUCGUAUUUUAAUGCAUAUAUGUAUAUGUAUAUAUAAAUAUUAGAAUUAAGAAAUAAAAUAUCUUUCACUUUU